UAAAGCGUCGCCCGGCCGGCUGGCGCACGCACAGUCGGGCUGGGCGGUGGGGCAGCGGAGUCGCGCGGGGCAGCAUCGCCAUGAGGGAGAUCGUGCACAUCCAGGCGGGCCAGUGCGGCAACCAGAUCGGCACCAAGUUUUGGGAAGUGAUAAGUGAUGAGCAUGGCAUUGACCCAGCCGGAGGCUAUGUCGGUGACUCAGCGCUGCAGCUGGAAAGGAUCAAUGUCUACUAUAAUGAAUCAUCUUCCCAGAAAUUCGUACCAAGAGCAGUCUUGGUGGACUUGGAGCCAGGAACCAUGGAUAGUGUGCGAUCUGGUCCUUUUGGUCAGCUCUUUCGGCCUGAUAACUUCAUCUUUGGACAAACUGGUGCGGGAAACAACUGGGCUAAAGGACACUAUACAGAAGGAGCAGAGUUGGUUGACUCUGUUCUUGAUGUAGUGAGAAAAGAGUGUGAACACUGUGAUUGCUUGCAAGGAUUUCAGCUCACUCAUUCCCUGGGAGGAGGGACAGGGUCUGGCAUGGGAACCCUGCUCAUCAGCAAGAUACGAGAGGAAUAUCCGGACAGGAUAAUGAAUACCUUUAGUGUCAUGCCCUCUCCAAAGGUUUCUGAUACAGUGGUGGAGCCUUAUAAUGCUACACUCUCAGUCCACCAGCUGGUUGAAAAUACAGAUGAAACCUACUGCAUUGACAAUGAAGCUUUGUAUGACAUUUGCUUCCGCACUCUGAAGCUCACCACUCCGACGUAUGGCGAUUUAAACCACUUGGUUUCUGCCACCAUGAGCGGGGUAACUACAUCCUUGCGUUUUCCAGGCCAACUGAACGCUGACCUCCGGAAACUGGCUGUAAACAUGGUCCCUUUCCCACGCCUUCACUUCUUCAUGCCAGGCUUUGCUCCUUUGACAGCCCGAGGCAGCCAGCAAUACCGAGCGCUCACUGUUCCAGAGCUCACCCAGCAGAUGUUUGAUGCCAAAAACAUGAUGGCAGCCUGUGACCCGAGACAUGGGCGAUAUUUGACAGUGGCUACUGUCUUCCGUGGUCCCAUGUCCAUGAAGGAGGUUGAUGAGCAGAUGUUGGCCAUCCAGAACAAGAACAGCAGUUACUUUGUGGAGUGGAUCCCAAACAACGUCAAGGUGGCAGUGUGUGACAUACCUCCUCGUGGCCUCAAGAUGGCUUCCACGUUCAUUGGCAACAGUACUGCUAUUCAAGAGCUCUUCAAAAGGAUCUCGGAGCAGUUUUCGGCCAUGUUCAGGAGAAAGGCCUUCCUUCACUGGUUCACAGGAGAAGGAAUGGAUGAAAUGGAAUUUACAGAAGCAGAAAGCAACAUGAAUGAUCUGGUUUCAGAGUAUCAGCAAUACCAAGAAGCAACAGCAAAUGAUGGAGAGGAAGCGUUUGAAGAUGAUGAAGAAGAAAUCAAUGAAUAAACAAAUUAUGUGCACUACUUUACAGAUCAAAUUCUCAAAUCCAAUUUUCUAAUAACUGGGCUUCUGAAUCCAUAUUUAGGCCUUAAAAAAAAAAGGGAGCAUGAGUUUCAGAUGUUAAGAGGUGCUUUUCAGAGUCCAUUGAGAUCACUGAGAACUGAGGACAUUCAGCAUUUCUGGAAAUUAAGCCUUUUCUAUUAAAGUGACAAACGUGAGGCAUUCAAUUAAGACUUUGUCCUGUAAGUCUAAAUACAAAGACUGCUAGUUUGGGAUCUUUUUUCUCCAAAGAAAGUUUGUCAUCCCCAAAGUUAUACAGGAGAAGAUGUAAAAUAGGCAUGAAAGUCUGAAUAAUAGAGCUGUGCUAUUUUCAUCCAAUUAUGAGUAAGAAAAUCUUGUGGGUUUGAAGUAUUUUUUCUGUACUGAACUGCCAGGAACAAAAUUUAUUCAUACUAAAAAGCUUUUGCUAUUCUGUAACAGUAACUGUUAAAAGUGAUAUUUGACUCCAGACCUCUAAAAACAAAAUAAAAAAAGAUUAGUAUCCUCACAAACAAAAGUGUUUUGGGCAGUCAAUGCAAUAUAAAUAUCCAGUCAAUGGCAGGCCGGAGGCUGGAUUUAUGCUGUGUGACUUCAGCCCUUGCUGCUCGAUUAUCUCAGAUUAUACAUAUGAAAUUUAUGCAUUUGAGAUGUUCUUUAAGGACUCUGGGGUUUGAAGUGAUAACUGAUGCUUUUCCCAUCUCCAUUCCACCUAGCCCAUAUAGCUGAAAUUCAGAUACUCCUCGGAACAUGGUAGGAGAGAGGACAGAGGCUAUUACAUGACAGAUCUCACCACCUUGGCUUGUAAGUUCACCACACCUAUAGAUGUUACGGAUAUCUUGUUACUAAGGUUAAAAUCAUUUCACAGAGAAAGGUUAAAGUAAAAAGAAAAGUAGCCACAAUAUUGAAAACAGUUGGCAAAAUGAAAUCUGAACAACAGUUUAUCUGCUUACACUAAAGCUGAAACAGAAAGGUCUCUGUCUUACCCAGCCGCCUUGCUGCCUUCACAAAAUGACAGUUGGGCAUUGGCUCGUUGUGCAUGCUUUAUGUUUCUGCUCAUCUCAGUUAAACAGCCCUUGUCCAUUAGAGAGCCUCUAACAGAGAACACUUCGUCUACAUGGUAUCUCUUGUUUAGGUCAGUUUCUAGGCAACAAAAAAAGCAAACAAAAGAGAAACCCUGUGGAAAUCCAAACUUGAAAUCUUCAGGAACUCUUUGCUUUUUUUAGUCUUGCCUUCAGAAGCACAUGGAAAAAAAAAGUGUUGCUCAAUACUUAAAAAGGCAAUUUACAAAUUAUGUCACUUCCAAAGAUCCAUUGCUCCUAACAAGAUGAUACUGUUGUGUUAGCUUGGGAUUCAGGGAAUGAGACAAUAUUUUAUGAAGCAUAUGAACCAGGCAAUUGUUUAUCACAUAAGCUGAAGCUGUCUGCCUCAUUUUAUCCUAUACAGAAAUGGAACUGAACUAGUUUUAAUCAAGUACAAGUUUUUCAUAUAAAGUGAUUUCAGCCGUUGGAAUGAACUGGCUUUGACAGAGGUGUGUGGGCAGACUGAGAGGGCCUGGCUGGUUUUCCUUUUAAGGGUCAUGAUGGAGUCCUAAAUUCAGAGGCUGCAUUCUUUGCAAUGCCUAAAGCAUUCUUAAAUGCCUAAAGCAUUUAAGAAUAGUAAUGAAGCACCUUUAAAUAUGUAUUUUAUAAAUAUUGCUGUAUGUGGUGGCUCUGUAUCCUUACAUGAGAUUAAGCUAAAACACAAUAUGAAGAGAAUUUAACAUUUAGUGCAAUACAAAGCAAAAUCCAUGAGGAAUACAGCCAUUCAAUUUAGAAGUUUAGUUAAUGCUUUAUAAAUGGUAGGUUAUUAGCUUCAAAGGGAGGAGAAUGUUACAGGCUCAGCAUCUGCCAUCAUGCAGCUGUGGCACAAGACUUCAAUUAAAGCACUACCAUCACUGCUUCUGAAUGAAGUAGAACCAACCCCCCUACAGUUUGUGGAACUGCAUUUUGUUUUAAUAUAGCAUUCACAAUUAGGGCCCAGCCAUAAAUUCUGCUGUUACUGUGAGGGGAAACAAAAGUUAUUACUUUAAAAACCCCAGGAACUUGGGAGUUUGUAAGCAGGUCACCUGGUGAACCAGCCUGUUCUUUAUUGCUGUCCAUACACUGAUUCAAAAGCCUGAACAUAGCCUCUGAGCUGGUGGAAUCCCCGACCUGACUUCAUCCUCUGAUCCUGCUUUGACUCUCUGCCUUCUUUUGCAUGUGUUUACUUACAAUUGUUUGAUGUGAGUUUCUAGCCUGUGUGGAGGUGGGGGAGGCAAACCACUGCCCUCUCUAGGAAAAAAAAAAAAAAACAACAAAAAAAAGGAGACAGCUCUUCCAGUUGCUCUUGGGGGAAAAACCCCAACUCAGCAAAAUGCACCCUGGAACCUGGGAUGGGAACAUCUUCAGAGGACCAGCUUGCACAUACACAUUAAGAAAGCCAUAGGGAGCACUAAUGCUUCCUGUUCCUCUUCAGGCACCCAACCCUACUCAUCUUCCUUUCCUGACAUGAGACCAAAAAUUGUUUUAGUAACAGAUUUAGUGAACAAUUCCUUCAGUUACACUUCCUUUCAAAUAAUUUUCUGGUUUUUGCUUGGAAACCUCUCUUUUAUUCUGAAGUCUAGCUGCUGAGUCUCACCUAGCUUUGUUUCUCUUUUGAUGUGCGUCACCUGCUUGUUCUUAAGAAAACCUUUUUUCAACUUGGUCCCUAGCACACCUUCAUUUUCUCUCUGUUUUACUGCUUUGCACCUGGCCAGAAAAAUAUGUGGAAGCAGGCUGCCAGGACAAGCGAGGCCUAAAGCAGUCGGGAAGUGCAGCUCCCAGUACUGCCCACAAAUAGACAUCACUGCCAAACCAUUGACCUACACCACUGGAAAGCAGGGAGUGGGCGAGGUGUGCCAUGGGAAGAAGAUGUGGUGUUGGGGCAGCAAUAGGGAUGGAAGCUGAUGGGCCAGCUCCUUUAAAAACUCGUUCUGGUCAAAGCCAGUAAGGAGGCUGUAGGCCCUCAAGGUUACAGUUACGACCAUCCCUGCACAGGCUACCUCAAACAAGCCACUCUAGCCUCUCACUUUCUCUGCAUCCCAGAGUAAUGCCUCCAGUUCUUCCCUUUAAUUUGUAUCACCUUAGGGAAAGGUGGCCACUUCCUGGAAAUGGGCUCAGGUCAGGAAAGGGUCUGGGCCUGCUCCUCCCAGCCUGGGGAGGAGCAGUGGCUACCUCUGUGCUGUACAAGUUCCUACUAGUUGAAGCAGCACUGCCUCACGUGUGUGCAACAAAAAAUAAUGUGACCUUAUUGGCAGACAAUGCAGAGAUUAAACUAGAUUUUCUUGAUUUAUGUUAAACCACCUGAAGUCUUAAAUUUGGGAGUAGGAGGCAUCUAACUGUCCCCUUGAAAGAAGCAGGGUGGCUAAACAGGUUUUUUUUUUUGUUUUACCAUAUAUUUUUGAUUCCAAAAAUCAGAACACAAUGAAAUAUUAAGACUUACUGAGGUAAGACUACACAAAGCAAAUUAAUGCUCUAAAAUAGAGGUAAAGGGCCUUGCCUCUCCUUUACAUUUAUCAUACAGUAUCAUGUGCUGCAAUUAAACAAGAGUGAAAUUUAAAAGUGGACUUACAGUGCAAACAGGGAGUAAGAAAAAAUGUAUCCUGGAAAGGACAGGAUUCUUUUAGAGUCUGGUAGUGCCAUUGGGAUGUUAAGUUAGGGUUUUUUUGGGGGGUUGGUUGGUUGGUUGUGGUUUUGUGAAGGUUUUUUCAUUUAUCUUUUUAAUUUAGGAAUGAAGCAAUGCAGAAUUCUGAGCUUUACACCAUAAGCAAGCUAAGCCCUCAGUAUUGGCUACAAAUUGCUUAUUCCAACCAAGUUGUCUUCAGCUAAACAGGAGGGAAAAACCAGAACAAAUAAGGCAUUAAUGCUGGAUACGUGUAAGGUACAGCACUAGAGCAUAUGUGCAGAAAGUCACUGCUUUACCCUGUGUGCAAGCUUUAAGUUUACAAAACCAGUUUACUAUUGCAAUAACUCAUUCUAAACUUUUACUCCAAUAAUAAAGGAACUGAAGUUUAGCUUUA